GGGAUGUGCUGAGCCAGGGCACGUUGACAUUAAACCCUCAGAGUGGGGUGUGUUGAGCCAGGGCACGUUGACAUUAAACCCUUAGUGGGAUGUGUUGAGCCAGGGCACGUUGACAUUAAACCCUCAGUGGGAUGUGCUGAGCCAGGGCACGUUGACAUUAAACCCUCACAGUGGGGUGUGUUGAGCCAGGGCACGUUGACAUUAAACCCUCAGUGGGAUGUGUUGAGCCAGGGCACGUUGACAUUAAACCCUCAGUGGGAUGUGUUGAGCCAGGGCACGUUGACAUUAAACCCUCAGAGUGGGUGUGUGACGCUGAAGCCUCAGCAUGCACACCUGCACUGUGAUAUAAUAUUGAUGAGAUUGCCAGGGUUUUCUUUUACCCUGUUAGGAGAGCUCUCUCAAAGAAACGUAGCAGAUAGAUCAGACAUCACUCUAGCAGUAGAAAUACAAUAAUAAGCAUCUAUAAUUAUCAUGUUAUAAUAACCCCAUAAAUCCAUAAUCCCAGGCAGAAGUCCUAUCAUCAGAUGCUCAGGUUUAACUUGACUGUGUAAAUCAUGCAUGGAAUAUCAAUGGAGUUCGGAUUCCAGCCUUUGUGGGUCGAUCAGUGAUCACACAACACCACUGAAACAGUAGACACUGCAUGUCUCUGGGUGUGUUCAUGUGUAUGACAUGAAGGUAGGUACAGGCACACUGAUGAAUGCUCUUGAAGUUUUACUGCACAUACUCCAGGUGUACUCAUCAGUGUGCGGGUACCUAUCUUUAUUUGGGUCACUGGGUGUGUGCGUUACUGUGUGCGUUACUGUGUGCGUUACUGUGUGCGUUACUGUGUGUUCCUCAGGGCCGAGUGGAGGUGGAGGCUGGAAACGAGAACAUGAAGUUUGAGACAGGACCCUUCUCCUACUAUGGAGUCAUGGCACUGAGCACAGCAUCACUGGCCGUCACUCCCCCUCUCUCCCCCUCAGUGGCGUCCCCCCCUCCACGACGCCUCUCCCUUAAGAGAUUCUCUCUGUUCUCUCGCUUUCCAGAGUUCCGUUCUCCUACUCACAGUAGUGGUCUGAACCGCUCGGCGUCGCUGAGCUGCACUGAGCGUGGCGCUCCCGGAGAUUGCAGCUCGGUAACCGCUAGCAACACGCAGCUCACCACCUGCCAGUACACACCAGACUUCUACGUACGUGCUCUUACUGACCUGCAGUAUGUCAAGAUCACUCGUUCCCAGUACCAGAAUGGUCUGCUGGCGUCCAGGCUGGACAGCACCCCCCAGUCACCCGAGGGGAGCCACCCCCACCUGGACAGCACCUCCGCAUCCCUGCCCCCCAUCACCACCCAGCCCUUCCCC